ACAUUGACAGUUUUCAAGCUGAAGUGCUCGGUGCAGAAGUAUGCCUGGGGCAAGUAUGGUCGCGAGAGUGAAGUGGCAUCUCUGGCAGAAAGUGGCGACCAUGGGUUUGUGGUGGAUGACUGUACCCCCUAUGCAGAGCUUUGGAUGGGUACCCACCCUUCUGGGCCCUCAACAGCAGUCUUCUCUGAUGGCAAGGAAAUGCUACUCAGUGAUUGGAUAAGGAAACAUCCAGACCAGCUAGGAGACAAAGUUAAGGCUGAGUUUGAUGGUCAGCUGCCAUUCUUGUUUAAGGUGCUCUCUGUGAACACGUCAUUGUCCAUACAGACACACCCUAAUAAGGUUCAAGCUGAAGCCCUCCACAAGGCCCGGCCUGACCUGUACAAAGAUGCUAACCACAAACCAGAGCUGGCCAUCGCCCUCACGCCAUUCCAGGGCCUGUGUGGGUUCAGACCGAUCAAACAGGUGGCUAACUUCCUGGAAACAAUACCAGAGCUGCGGGCAGCCGUGGGGAACGAGUACACUUUGAAGCUGAUUGCUGCGAGCCGCACCAUGGACAUGCCAUUCCAUAGAGAGGCCAUGAAGGAGUGCUUUAACUCUCUGAUGAACCAGGAUCAAGAUGCCGUUAAAGAGGAACUGGGCAAACUUGUGGGGAAAGUUCAGCAGAUCGAAGAGGACAAAGGGGACACGUCACCGUUUGUCGGGGACAUCCUGCUGAAGUUACACCGCGAGUUUCCUGGGGAUAUUGGAUGUUUUGUGGCCUACUUUCUGAACCUAAUGAAGCUUCAGCCUGGACAAGCCAUGUUCCUGGAGGCUAAUCUGCCCCAUGCUUACCUGUCUGGCAAUUGUAUGGAGUGUAUGGCAUGCUCUGACAAUGUGAUCCGUGCCGGUCUGACCAGCAAGUACAUUGACAAGGUCACUUUAGUGAAGAUGCUGAACUACACAGGCCAACCGGCCACCAGGAACCUGUUCAAACCUCGGAAGGACAAGCACGACCCCUGCGUGGAACUUUAUGAGCCAGGGGUGAAAGACUUUUGUGUCUCAAAGGUCCAGCUGUCUCACUCUGUAAGCAACUAUACCCUCUGUUCAUUGGAUAGUGCCAGCAUUUGUAUCGUGACUCAGGGCGAAGGGGAGGCAAAGAAUGACAGUCUUCCGAAGCCGAUAUCUCUACAACGAGGUGUGGUGUUCUUCGUCUCCGCAGAGGAAAAAGUCAUCAUAGUCAAUAAAGGAGAUAUGAUAAUAUUCAGGGCCUAUUGUAACCUGGCAACAAGGUAUCUAGUCUGCUGAUGGGUUGAAGCUUUGCUUGAUGUAUUGUAAUAUUAGGGCCUGAUCUGAGUAAUCUUAAAAGUACAGUAGAACUUCUUGUAUAAUUUCAUGGAAUGUUCCGCCAACUUCUGUAUGUAAUUGUCAGUGACCUAGAAUUUUGACAAAGAAAAGGGCCUUUUUUAGAGGCAAUUGAAGGUUAUUAAACAUUAUUUUUGGUGCUGAAACUUACCAAUGUCCAGGAUGUUAUUCCACAUAUACCUUCCAGAAACCUCAAAACACCAUUUUAUAGGCCAUAGACUGUAUCAAAUUGGGACAAGUAAGCAGCUUAGUCUCAAACGAUAUUUUAUGUCAUUUUUAGAAUAUAGCAAGGCUUUAUGAACUGCUAUAAAAUGUGAAAGAAAUAUUUGGUGACAUGGUUCAAUCCUUGUGUUCCCUCAAACACGGAGUAUAUCUGCUGUAUUCAGUACUGCCCCCAAUCUGUCAUACUACAAUUCUUCAACCUAUUAGCAUGUUUGCAAGGUGUUUAUUGAUACAUAUUCUGAAGGCAAAUAUUGGGUGUAGACUGAUAAAAUUAAUACUUUUUGAGAGGUCCUGAAAUUGGCUAAUCAAACUAAUGUAGGUGUGUCUCCAAAAUCAAAUGAAAAAUGUGCAUAAAUUACACUGAAAGUUGCUCUUUCAUAUGUGAAAAGGUUGAAGAAUUAGUUUAUGUCAUAUUGAGAUUAGUGGUCAGAUCAGAU